AUAAAAAAAGUUAUAAUUUCCAGUGUGUGCAUCACAACCUUAACAAGAAGCAGUUCCUGUCGGAUUGUGAAACAAAACAAGCAAGUACGAUGAUUAUUGGGUUGAGACUCUUACCUUUUAUUGCAAUCAUUUUUCUUGUUAUCUUAGAAGACAAAAUCUCAACGCCCGUUUGCAAUAAUCACGUUGAGGAAGUAGAUGAUGACUUAAAAGUCAUGAUGGUUGCUGACCUUCUUCUCUUAGGGUCUGAUGCUACUUACAUUAACCGCUUCUUCAGAGAUCACUACAUGUCCAAAUUCUUUCGGAAAUCUUUUGAAAGUUUGAAGCCUGAUUUGCUUGUUGUCUUGGGAGAUGUUUCUGCGAAAGGUUCGAAGUUAACGAAAAGCAAAUGGGUGUCAGUGCUCCAUCAGUUUUACCAAAUGUUGGGGCCCUUUGUUGAUCUUCCAUUCCAUGCUAUUCUCGGUGAUAGGGAUAUUGGAGAAUGCAGCGAUCUUGAUGCGAAUAAUGUUAACUGGAUUUCUCGCAAGUUACCGGGAUUGGAUCGUUCUGGCUGCGGUGCAUUUGAGAUUGGCAAUGUCAGUUUUGUUUCGCUGAAUUCUGUAGCCUUGCUUUGUGACAACAGUAGUUUACGUUUUGAUGUUGAAAAAGUAAUUGAGAGGGAAAGUCUAGAACUUCGCGAGGAAACUGAGGCAGCAACGAAAAUGACGAAUCAUUCCAACCUCUCUAGAGAUGUUAACUAUAACUUUUUCUGGAGGGAGAGCACCGUGUUAUCUGGGUCAGGCCCUGUCCUUCUUCUGCACUUACCUUUGGAUCAAACAAGAAACAAGCAGUAUAGUGGCAAUGACGCAUUUGAAAGAUCUUCUAACACUUUUAUAGAACGGUUGAAUCUAGUGCCAAAAAACAGGGAUUUCAUUGGGACCGGUUUGUAUAAUUUACUUCAUACUCUCCCACUGAAUGCUUCUGAGUACAUUUUACAAGCUUUGCGACCAAGGAUUAUCUUCAGUGCUCACAGGUGCACGUUUUCUGAUCACAUCCAUUUCGACACAACUCGAGAGAUUAUCGUCCCAGCAAUGUCGUGGAAUGCAAGAGAUGAUCCUGGAUUUGUUAUUGCCACUUUCCAAAAGACAGGAAAAGCUGUGAGCAUCAGUUAUUGCUCUCUUGCCAGAGAAUCUCAUAUUCUUAUAGUUUAUGUUUCUAUAAUAGUUUUAUUUUGUUUGGCUUGUUUAAAAGGAUAGUGAGGAUACUACAAACACCUACCAAAAAACACCAAAAUUAAUUCUACAUUAUUUUUCA